GCCGCGUGCAAAGACAGCCGCGACACCCGCUACGACAGCCGGCUUGGCAAGCCAAGUACCCAGCAUCCUCGGCCAUGCGUCCGACACGUCAUUUGCUCAAGAAGGCUCGUCGGGACCCACCGUGCACGAGUACUAGUUGGCGUCAAGAGCACCAAGGCUACGUGCUCUAUGCGAUCAUGCAGCGGUCCGAACCGUCUGUUCUUUGGGACACUCGACGAGCGACGGCCUGUCUUUCGAGACGUGUGAGUCUGGUCAUGGUGGCACACACAACGAUCAGCUGGCGCCAUGGCAGCCAACACCCAAGUUGGCUGUACUGCGGUAGAGACCGACAUAAUCUGGUCAUCCCGCGUACACGAGCCUCCUGCAUUCACUAUUCAAUUCGCCACCAGCACCAAUAUGAAGCUUUUCGCCACUGCCUUUGCCGCGCUUGCCGCCGUCGCCUCGAUCACCAACGCUUCGGUCACCGACGACUCGGUCACCGACGCCUACCUCGUCGGGCUCUUCGAGUCGGCGGACGUCCAGGUCGACAUGAAGGUCAACCCGGCCACCGAAGCGUACCUCGUGGGCCUCUUUGAAGCGUCGCAGGUGCUCUCGGCCAAGUACAUUUGCGGCGCGAUCGGCAAGGACGUCUCUAAGGUCCAGUUCGUCUUCGCGGAAGGCACGACCAAGAUCGAAGCAGGGGCCACGGGCAAGGUCGAGUACUUUGUCGAGAGCGCCGGAACCAAGGCCACGGCGUGCUCGAUUAGCAUCGCUGGCCACGCGCCGGUGCGCCGCCAGCUCGAGGAUGUGCAGCACAUCUGGCCCUGGCCGUUCCUCGAGUCGGCCAACGUCACGGGCAUCUCGAUCACGGGCUCGCCGGCCGCGCCCAAGACCGUCUCGGCCGACUUGUCGGCCCGCGGUGCGAACCUUGGUAUCACGAUCACGCCCCCGUCCACGGCCGGCGCCCAGGACGCCACGUUCAAGGUCGAGAUGUUUGUCCUGGACUAAGCCUCCCACGUAAAUGUACACCCGUUUUGCCGUGUCUCG